AUGGCGCCCGUCGGUGCAGCUGUCUUCGCGACGCUGCUCAUGAACGAUGCCUAUCUCCCAGGCGCCAUGGUCUUGGGGCAUUCCCUCAAAGACAGAGGUGCAAAGGCUCCUCUGGUAGCUUUUGUUCUUCUCGACAAGCUAUCCUCUGACACCGUCACUGAGCUCCGAACUGUCUACGACGAGAUCGUACCCGUCCAGCAGAUCGUCAACCAGAACCCGGCGAACCUCUAUCUCAUGGGUCGACCCGACCUCGUAUCCACAUUUACAAAGAUUGAGCUGUGGAGGCAGACACGGUACAAGAGGAUAGUCUACUUGGAUGCGGAUAUGGUGGUACUCAGAGCCCCGAACGAGCUGCUGAAUCUCGACACGCAGUUCGCCGCCGUCCCCGACAUUGGCUGGCCGGACUGUUUCAACAGCGGUUUGCUCGUCCUCAACCCCAAUAUGGCAGACUACUAUGCGCUGCAUGCGUUAGCACAGCGAGGGAUCAGUUUCGACGGCGCCGAUCAAGGUCUGCUGAACAUGCACUUCCGGGAUUGGGAGAGGUUGAGCUUCGUGUACAAUUGUACGCCAAGUGGUAAUUAUCAAUAUGAACCUGCCUACCGACACUUCUCCAGCACUAUUGCCGCAGUCCAUUUCAUAGGUCCGGACAAGCCUUGGACUUUGGGAAGAGAAAACAAGCAUAACACCGGCGCCUAUGGCCAACUGCUGGGAAUGUGGUGGGCAGUGUUCGACAAGCAUUAUCGGCCAAAGGUCAGUGGACAUGAAAAACGAGGGGACGAUGUUGCUGAUGGCUCCAAGGCGAUCACACACCAUGACAGUCGAACAUAUAGGUCUACCAAAAAAGUGCAGGAUUAUGUACGUGGCGAAGAACCUUUCUAUAUUGCCGACUGGUCGCGUCAAGAAUCUGGGUCCAACCCCCACCAGCAACCAUCGCCUCCUCACCAAGAACAGCUCCCCCUCCCACCGCACACAGAAGUCUCUCAGUCCGGGUCGAACCAACCUGUCUCGGUGGAAUUGCCCCAUAGGGAUGCUCCCACACCCACGGUCGAGCAAAGGCGCUUCUCAGCUCCUCAUGUAGGCUGGGAGCCUACACGAGAACCGCCUCCCAUCCAUUCGAAACCCGAAGCCGCGAACUUCCCGAACCGGAUCUACGACAUGUCCAGCGAUACUCAACUGUUCCAGCCUCCCGCUCAGUACCCCGAAGCCCCCAGAGAUAUGUGGUAUCAGGUCCCUCAAAAGGCUCCCGAGCCGGUCAAACCGAAACAAAUAUUCCCCUGGGAGUCGAAAGCCCCCAAACCCACACGGGUGUUCCCCAAGCCCCAGGCACCCAGACCACCACCUCCGCCCGAACCGACGCCUCCCGAAGAAGUAGCAGCUCAAUCGCCGUCGACUGACACCACCGACGUGACCGACAUCACCGAAGAAACCGUUCUCACUCCACUGGCCCCGCCCUCAGACCCCUGGGCAUCAUUCCAGCAACGAACCAAUGCUUGGGACGACAUGCCAGAAAUUGAACGAUACGUGCAGGCGUUUAGUCAAGCGCGGAAAGGAAAGUUACAAGUCUUGCAUCAUACUCCUUCCCAGCGUUCCCCGGGCGAGUCAGAUAUUACUUCUCCUCCAGCAGAGAAGCCACGACAAUUCAGCUUGAGAAUCACCGAUUUUCCCACCGAAGUCGAACGGCCGAGCUUACCUGUGACUCCAGCCCCGAUCCGACGACCGAGCUUCUGGGGAGGGGAGCGAGACGAAGGAGGAAACCUACCGGCGGCUGACGGAGUACCGCCACAAGAAGAAUGGAACCCGGUUACGAAGCUUGAAGAACUGCAAAGACGCCAAAGCGAAGUGUUGUUGUCGAGCACCGGGACUCGGCACUUAGAAGAAGUACAAGAACCUCCGAAAAGAAAGAUGCCAGAGAGCGAGAGUAAAGAAGCAGUCAUCGAGGCGACGAAUCAAUCGAUAUCGCCGAUCAAAGUUCCUAAAGUCCCCAAACCGAUCCUAAAAGCUCCCCACUUUGAGUUAGGACAAGAGGAUGUCAAAUCAAACACUGACAAUGACAUUGAACAAAUCGAUCCAUCUUCCAAGCCUGUCAAAGAGGAGAAGUCGGCCGGGCAGAUAGGGUCGGGGUCAGGAGUCCCCUCAGCUGUGAGUGCUCCAAGCUCCUGA